UUAUAAUGGUUAUAAUAAUAAUAAUACACUUUAUUUAUGCAGCAUGCAUUUCCAAAACAGAUAUUCUUACAUGGAUUAAAAGCAUUCCAGGUUGUAAUAAGGCGAAAAUAAUGUCAGAUAAAUAAAAUCACACCAAAGUGAGGUAGAAUAAAAAUUAUAAAUCAGUAAUGAAAACAGUUCAAACUAUAAAGCAGAUAAAACAUGUUGCAAAACUAACCGCACUGGGGCAGAUUAAAUAAUUAAAGCAUGAAAUAGCAUAAAAUACCCAUAGUAAGGGGAAAGAUGUAUUAUUCAGUGAGGGGAAAGAGUGAAGUUGGGAUGGGAAACUACCCAUAUACUUAGGAAAAAGUAAUACUACAAUGUGAAAUAACAACAUUAAGUACACUUAAGUAAAGUAAAUAUGUAAGUAAGCAUCUGCAAACUCUCCUUAGUAUCAAAUACAUACCACUAAUUUUAAUAUUGUGGUGUAUCACUUUAUUAUCUGGUCACAGUGGAUUGUAUUUUAUCUUAGGUUUUAUUUAUUUUAACAAAUUAAAACCAGAUUUAAAGGUUAAGAUUAUUAGAUGACUGUCUGACUGAGUGAAUUAGUUAAUAACUAAUUAAUUAAAAGAUCUGGAGGAUUUCCUUUUAUGAGUUUUGUGUUUAACAUUGAAAUGUUUUAAGUUGAAGAUCAUAGCACAAAAUGAAUGAAGCUACUUUAUAAGGAAUCUUUGGCUAUGUUGAAUUUUUAAUGCAACAUCUCCCCUGCUGAGCAGCUCACAGUGCCCAUUCAAAUGUUGUAGGUCUCCAUAACCACAGCACCUAGAAACAUCCUGGCAGGGAUCAGCUCUGUUCAAACAGAGCCAGUACCUGAAAGUGAAACUUUCUCAUGUACACACAGUCUCAAAUUUAGGACCCUCGGUUAUCACUUAUACGCUUUUCAGGAAGCCAUCCAUGAAGUGAACUCUACUCUGGAAAUGGAAAUGGAAAGGUUUUCAUUACACCGAGAACAACGAUAACAAAAGGUACCAAAACAGUGGUCACCAAUGGCAACCAGAGAGGGCAAACAGUGGUGGGAUCCAUAUGAAACAUCUCAUGGGAGACAAUUCGUCUACCGGCCAAACUCAGCUGCAGAGAUUCUGCUGUGCCCAACGUCAACUUCAUUUAUAGACUCCUAUUCAAAAUCUGGACCUUUCGGUUCAACUGUGUACAAUCAGGAUUUUAGCUGGAAGUCAUCUUGUAAACCUGAAUGCAUCCGUACAGGAACUGCCUCAGGGCACAGGAGAAACAACCCACAUCCCAGUCAGUCUUUCAUGAUGUGGAGGCUGCCUAGGGACACUGCACGAAGCUCAGAGUAUGUCGGCUUCCCUUGGAAAUGUCCCCCGUCUGAGGAGGAGAUCAACAAAGCCUUGACAGCACAGUACCGCUCCACCUACAGAUGUGACUUCAUGGGUAUGCUUCAAGAAAGAAAAUGUGCACCUAAGCACAGCAGGCGUGAAGUGCGGCCCUCUACUGACACAGAGAUGAGGGACAAUUACCGCCAGCCAAAGCAAAAACCUGAGCUGCUGCGCUACCGCCACAGCGCAGAUCCUCACGUGGCCGGCCGUGGUAUAGAAAAGAAGGCUGUUUUGAGUAAAGAUGAUUAUCCAAACAACAGGGAGAAAGUGAAUAAACUUCCAGCAGUUGGGCUUAAUUCCUACUUACCAGAAUGCAUAUCAAGCUGGCCAGGACCUUUCUGAACCUUAUUGCUCUGUGUUUGUAUGUUGUGUUUUUAUGUGUUUUUGUCAUAGUAGGGGUAAAAGUGCUUUAAACUAACUUUCACUUGCUAUGCCAUUUCUGUGUGGAACAUGUGUGCUGUGAUAAUUAAACAUCUCUGCCUGAUGAAAAGA